AUGCCUAACUUCAAAUGGAAAUAAAAAAAAGAUAUGAAACAAGGGUUCAUGAUUAGAAUUCAGCAUCCAGACCACAAGACAGAAAAACAAUUUAAAUACUUUGAUGAAAAAUAGAAAAGCGAUUUGAUAAUGAAUGUCAUGAAUGGAAUUUGUUUCAGUGAAAAAGUCUCUGAUAAAUGCGAUGGAAAUUUUAUCUCUCUUUAUGAUCCAGCCGACGAUCGAUUUCAUUACUACAUCCAAAAAUUAGACGGGAUAGAAAUAGACAACCCAAAUGAACCUCUUAAGGGCAAAAUUUGGGUUCCUUACAUUAAUGAAAAACGACAUGAUUGGGACACUCUUGUUGAGAACAAUACUAGAAUAUCAAUAACUGACCAUUUAUUAUGGAAAUUAGAAUAUAUUAAAAAAUGAAUAAAUUUGUAUUAA